CACCAGCAGCAUUUCGAGAAAACUGUGUAUAGAGCGACGUAAAACGCACUGAGACAACCUCAAUGUGUUGUCCUGCAGAUUGGACGUACAUGACAAACGCAGCAACAAACAUAUCGAUGUCAUGGACAGAGAUCCAGGAAAAAAUAAAGACCCACCCAUAUCACAAUCAAAUGCUGGGGGUCGAGCCCGUGGUACCAACGUUGAGGAUUAUGAUGCAGCAGCGGCACCUCCGCCCAUUCCAGCUGCUCGCAAGAGGCAUUUAAAUCGCGCAGCUGACGAGGCACCAUCUAAUAGUGCAGCGGCAACGCCAGAACCAGUUGCAGCUGAUACCAGAACUAUUAUAGGAGAUGACGUACGUGAACAGCUGGAAACAUCGACAAUUACGCGCACGUAUACCUCACGUAAAGUUAUACACCACUCGACGGAAUUCCAUGAGAGCAGCUCAAGUUCGAGUUCUAUGCAAUACGUGGCAGAUGAAGAUCUGGACUCGCCGACCACUCCGCACCGUUUGCGUCAAAAAGUGGCUGAGUAUGAAAAGGUUUGGUCCUCUGGUGGCAGCCUUAAACGCUCACCGGAUGAAAGUGCAGACGAGUUGCGCCGCGAAUUCGUGCAAACUUCAACUCCUAGUGCGGAACACUCAACUCAAACCUUUACCACCGUUCGAGAGACACUGGAUAAUCCUUUUGAUAUUGAUGUGCUGGAAAUUGAGAAAAGACUUCGUAGAGAACGACAACGUGGGUUAGCGGAGGCUGAGGCGGCUAAGCUUGCAUUUCAACAGGUGCAGUUACGCCACACCCCACAACCUUCUCCACGUCGUGUAGAGGUACAAGAAGAGUAUACCGCACUGCCCUUUAAUGUGACACUGCGCACGACUACCAAAUUAAGUCCAGGCGAUGAAACGGGAUAUGUUGACGCAGGUGAUACACCGGAUAGUCCUUUUAAUGUGACACUUCGUACAACGCAUCGUAUUGUAAAAAAGGACCUUUCAACUAGUUCGCAGCAAUAUGAAGAGACUUCGACAACCGCAGGUAGCCCCUUUAACGUUAUAUUGCGCACAACAACAAGCCGCGGACAUCCGAUUAGUCCAGUGAGUCCUGGCGAUCCGAAAAACGCAUCUGCGCGUUUUCUGGAAUCUGAAAAGACAGUACGUGAAGUAAAUGCUGCUGAUGGUGUGCGCACCAUUGUGACAUCGUCCAUGACAAGUGAUGGACGCAAGCAUGAAGAGAAAAUCUUUCGCCAUGGUGCAGGAUAUGUAUCACCACGUUGUUCACCACAGCGUGAAGAACGCCCCUUCUUCGAGACAUCCGAAAGCGAACGUGAGAGUUCAGUGCCGCGUUCUUUAAGCGGUCGCGCCAGUGCAACACCACCACGGUCUAUUGACAUGAUGGCCGGUGGCCGCCGUAUCCUCAUACGUCUCGAAGAUGAAACGAACGAGUUGAGUACACAUCACGAAAGCUACGACUUUACUGACUCGGUUCAGGCGCGCAUACGUCAGUUAGCUCGCAGUCCAGACGGCGGUGGUGGCCUGCCUGCGGGUGCAAUGUAUAACGUUGCGAUGGAAACGUCACCUGGUAACAUUGACAUUACGGUUGGUAGCACCCACCACCACCACCACCAUCCUCAUCAACAACAAGCGGAUUUGCAACAGCCCAGCCAAUGGUAUUACCAACAGCAACGGCAGGAACAACAAAUGGACAGCGAAAACGGUGUGGAGAAUGUGGUUUCUAAAACACAAAUACAACAAGAACAGGCAUAUCAUCAACAAACACCAUGGCAAAUGACAAAGUCAACGCAUUCAGGCAAAACAGUUACAAUCAGUGCACCAACAGGAGAGGCCGCGACAGGACAAACAAAACCUGGUACGCAUACGUCUAGUGCAUUAGAGACGGGCCAAUCGCACGGUUCUUCAGCGGAAGAAUCGCAACGAGUUGUUAGCACGAAAAAGAAAACGACAACGACCACAGUUACCAGUAGGAGGUAUGCAAGCGAAGAUCGCGAACUACAAGAAGAACAACAACGUCAAGUUAUCGUUGGGAAAUUAACGCGGCCGACCGGUUUAGCUUUAUCCGGUGCGAAUGUGCAAAUCGGUGGAACCACGGUUGGACAGUCAAAAGGCGAAAGCCUACUGAAAGGUGAAUUAAGUGACGACUCAGAUACUGAAGGUGUGGCUGCAAAGAAUCUGGUAAUUGUGCCCACACGUAUGGAGCCAAGCCAGACAGCAGUAGCUGGAGCAACCGGAGUGAGUCAGAGUCAAAGUCACAGUCAGUGUUCAAGUGCAAGUGCGAGUGCAAGUGCUAGUGCAAUACAUACGCCAACAACCUCUUCAACGACAACUGCCAGCAGUACUUUCGGUAAGAGUCUGACAGGACAUCAGACACUACAACAACAAAGUACUCAAGACGAAUACCAAGAAUUCCAAUCCACAAUGGCAGCGAUUAAUUUCGCCCGCAGCAACUCCCAAUACGACAGUCAUAUCAGGGAGAAGAGAGAGGAGCAAGAACGUGUGCAGAAGAAGACAUUCACUAAUUGGAUUAAUUCGUACCUUUCGAAGCGUGUUCCACCGCUUCGUGUUGACGAUAUAAUCAACGAUUUACGCGAUGGUACCAAACUUAUUGCACUUUUGGAAGUGCUAUCCGGCGAACGUUUGCCCGUGGAGAAGGGUCGCGUUCUUCGGCGUCCGCAUUUCCUCAGCAAUGCCAAUACAGCCUUACAAUUCUUAGCCAGUAAACGAAUCAAGUUGGUGAAUAUUAACCCGGCAGAUUUGGUGGAUGGGAGACCACCAGUUGUGCUGGGUCUGAUAUGGACCAUCAUAUUGUACUUCCAGAUUGAGGAGAAUAGCCGCAACCUUGAAUAUUUGGGUCAUGGUAUUGGCGGUUCGGUUAGUUCUCUCGAUAGCGUUGGCAAGGCAGUCAGCGACCAAAAGGCUGAGAAAUGGAAGCAAGGUGCUAGGAAGACUCUAUUGAAUUGGGUUACCAAUGCCUUGCCAAAGGACAGCGGUAUUGAGGUAAAGGAUUUCGGUGCUAGUUGGAGAGAUGGCGUCGCCUUCCUAGCCCUGAUUGAUGCCAUUAAGGCAAAUCUUGUCAAUUUAGCCGAUUUGAAGAAGGCCAACAACCGUCAACGUCUGGAAACUGCUUUCGAUGUGGCCGAAAGUAAACUGGGCAUUGCCAAAUUGUUGGAUGCUGAGGAUGUGGAUGUACCAAAACCGGAUGAAAAGAGUAUAAUGACAUAUGUGGCGCAAUUUUUGCACAAGUACCCUGAACCAAAAGGUGCCUCUCGUGAUACAUCACAUAUACAACAGGAAUUGGACGAACUACGUCGUUUCCUGAUAGAAAAGACUACAGAAUACGAGCCCAUGGUCAUGUCGAAUUCAUUCCCGCGUGAUUUCGCUGAAUAUUUGAUUGCACGUUCGGAAAUCGACGCUCACUUGCCGGUCUACAAUCGCCUGAAGGAAUUGAUGGAAAGUCAAAGUGGUUUCCUACAAGUACCACGCCCUGUAUGGGAGGACAUAAAUUCGCUGUGGCAACGUUUGCAAUAUCAAAUGAAUUAUUGGCUGUGGUUGUUGGAUUCAGAAUUGCCCGGCGAAUUCGGUGUGGUCGGCAAGUGGCUAGCUGAAGCCGAAAAAUUACUAAUGGAUAAUGAGAUACCAAGUGCCAUGAAUGAAGAGACAGCAUCAGUGAUCAGUAGAAAGUUGGAGGAGCAUAAGUUAUUCUUUGCCGAUUUGCCGCGUAUUAUGGCAAUGUUCGAGAAUGCAAAGCGUUCACCAUUGGUGCAACAAGUGCCGAUCGAGCAAUUGCGUAAUAUGGAGCGACGUCUGCAAGAAGUGGCGCCCAAGGCGGCCGAGCGUAGAAUACGCUUAAAGUUCUUGGAACAUAAGUGCUGUCUUAUUGCUUUUCUCAAUUUGGUUGAGAACAAAAUGAAGGGUUGGACUGGCAAAUAUGGCUACGAAGAGAAGGUCAGCCAACAACUGGAACAAUACAAGAAUUUCGUAUCGCGUAACAAAAUUUUCCAAGAGUUCCAGAAAGCUUUCGUCGACAUGCAACAAGUGGUGGACGAAUACAAACGUGAUGGCAAUGUGCCACGCAAAGAUAUAACAGAAAUCGAUCGCUUCAUGUACGAGACUGAAGAGCGUUGGAAGCGUGUCUCCAUGGAGUUGAAAUGCUGCCAGAACUCAUUAGAAGAGGUUGUGACCUGUUGGAAGACAUGGAAUAAUUUGGCACCCACCUGUGAGGAGUGGCUCAAUUUGGCUGAAACUAAGUUGUCGCGCUCAGAAGAUGAACGUUUGGAGUUUUUCCAGGACAUCACCACAUGGAAGGACAAAUUCGAUACACUCGCCAAUGCGGCAAACUACUUGAUUGCCUCCUGCGAGGAUGGCAUUGCGCACAACUUACGUCAGAAGCAUGGAAAUCUAUCAGAGCGCUUUGAGCGUCUCUUUUCCAACACCAAGCAAUACAUGCACGCAGGUGAUAUCAUACGCGCUCGUAACGAAUACAAGUCGGGCAUUGAAAAGCUUUCGCAAUGGCUGCGCCAUGCUGAACAAGUGCUCGGACAACGACAAAUGCUGGGUAAUACACAACAGAUUGCCAAAUAUGGCGAGGACUUGCAAAAGCUAGCUAGCGAGAUUGACGAUAAUGAGGAACUCUUCAAGACGGUUAGCCGCAACUUUCAGGGACUUAUACAGGAUCUACCACGCGACGAGGUUGAUAAAAUGAUGAAAUUACUCAAGCAGGAGAAGGAGUCGUUGGUGCGCAUACGCGCGCAAAUACCAGCGAAAUUGCACCUCUUCCAUCAGCUACUCAUACAACAGGAAUCGCUCGAAGCGGGCCAGAAAGAAAUACACCAAUGGCUGAAUGAUGCAGAGACAUUGCUGAGCACGCAUACGCUUUCAGGUGGACGUGACGCCAUUAGCGAGGAGCUGAACAAGCACAAAACUUUCUUCUCGCGCACCGUCUACUAUCGCUCCAUGUUAGAGAGCAAAAAUAAGGUUUUCCAGAACCUAUUAAAGUCCGUUGCCGCUGAUGAUAAUAUCGACACCUCGCAGACGUCACACAGUAUGCAACAGCUGAACGAGCGCUUUAAUUAUGUCAUACAAAAUGCUGAGCAGUGGGAGCAGCGCUUGAAUGACACCUCACGCGGUUGGCACGCGUUCAAGGAAAGCGAACGUGUUGUUAGCGAAUGGCUAACGCAGGCCGAAUCAAUGUUAAUUGAGAAACACAUUGAGUCGAAGACAAUAAUCGAGACACAGAAGUACUUCUUUGAAAAUGUCAACGAGCGUUGGAUGCACAAUCUGGUGGAAUCAGCACAGGACUUGCUGAAAACGUUACCGGCUCAAGAGCAAAAGCCUGUGGUGGACUCGGUUGAGAAGUUGCAAGCCAAGUGGCAGCAAGUUUUGUCGCAAGCGCCAUUACAUUUGCUGAAGCUAGAAUUCCGUCUUGACGAAUCGGCCUUCUAUCAGACGCUGCAGGAAGUUGAGAAGGAAUUGCAUUUGGAACAACAGGCUUUGAACCGUAACGAAGAUAUCGACUCAAUUCUCAACCGCAAUGAGCAAUUCUUCCGACAACAAGGACCAAUACCGCAAAUUGAAAAGUGCUUGCAGAAUAUGCAUCGCAUUAGUCAAGCUUAUGGUUACCAAAAACCAACCGAUAACAGUUUAGGCCAGUCUUAUGACAAUGCUAAGCUGCAGUGGCAGCAGUUGUCCGGUAAAAUUGGAGAUAUGCGCGAGACAUUGCAGCAAAUACCGGCACAGUGGGACAGCUACCAUGAGAAAUUUAAGGAGAUGGUCGAGUGGAUGAAUAUUGUGGACAAGAGUCUGAAGAAUAUUGUCAAUGAAGUGAACAGCAUGGAGGAGUUCGAGAAGGAAAAGGUGGUCUUCCAGAAAAUCUGUCAAGAAGCAGAUAACAAAAGGGAGGACAUGAAAUGGCUGGUGAAAACGCUAGACUCCUUACUUAGCUACGCCAGCGAAGAUGAGGCAAAUCUCGAACAGAAGAAACUCGAAGAUCUAAUUGCUCGCUACAAGAACCUCAUACCGACCAUCGAAAUAACAAUGGUUAAGACCGAGGUGUUCUCCAAGUGCUACACAUAUCGUCGUGAGGUGCACGAGGUUGUCUGUCUGCUUAGCAAAGUGAAGGAGCAAGCCACCAAUAUACCCCCACCAGAGAGCCUUGAACGCGUCAAUAAAUUGAUUGAAGAGCAACAAUAUGCCAUUAGCCAGCUUGACCAUCAACGUCCACACAUUAUGUCGAUGUUACAGCGUGGUCGUGACUUGAGCAAAGAUGUGCAUGCGCCAACUUUCGUUAAUGUAGAAGUGAAGAACCUGGAGACAGGCUGGAAUGAGGCAUACACAGAAACUGCUGACAAAUUGCAAUUACUCAAGGGCACCCAGGCUGUGUGGAAUGAUUUUGUCGAUCAGAAGAACGACAUCUUUUCCAUGUUGCAGACAGCGGAGACAGAAUUGCGUGCGUUGACACCACUUCAAACCGACCCCAAGAAUGUGAGCCAAGAUUUGCAAGCUAAGCGUGAGUUGAAUGUUCAUUUGCAGCAGGCCUCACAUCAAUUGCUGCCUAAAUUGCAUUCCUUGAAAGCCGAGCUGGCACCUUUGGCCGCGCCAGAUAAGCGUCCCAUAUUAGAGAAGGAAGUGACUGAAGUCGAGAAGAUGUUCUUUAAUACAAUGGAACAUGUAAAGGAUCGCGUCGGUUAUCUAGAAGAUUAUAGCGCCAAGUGGAACAACUAUAAAUCGCGCCUGUCUGAAUUGCAAGAAUGGGCAAAUCGUGUGGCGCCUAAGAGCAUAGAAGCAUUGCAGUCCGAAGACCUCACACCCGAAGAGCGUGUUGUGAAGGUGAACGCUUUCAAGGGCGUGCUUGGCGAGCGCAUGAAGCAGCUGGACAUAUUGGCUUCGGAUGCUGCCGAAUUGGCACCCAAGGAGGGCAAUAUCGCCGAAGCUAAACGUCUUAAAGGUGAAAUCACCAAAUUGCAAGAGGUGCUGAGCGCAAUCAACCGUAAUGUUGAUCAUCAAGCUAAGGCUGUGAAGGAAGAUCUGGUGAACUGGCAACAAUACCAAACUGGUUUGCAGCAAAUCAAGCCGAUAGUUGAGGAAUGUGAAAUCAAGGUAAAUACCAUAGUUCCUAAGCCCAUUACACUUGAAGAAGCCGUUGCAUUGCAACAAAACGCCAAACAGUUCGAAACACAAUGCCUCGAGCAGUUAGACAGACUCCAAGGCAUAUCAAACAUUAGUCAUAAAAUGCUGUGCAAAACCAAUGCCCCUGACGAGUUAGAUGCCAUGCAUUCCCGCUGGACAUCGGUUCAUGAAAAUGCCAGGCAAGCCAGUGGUAAGCUGGAAAAACUUGUCGCCAAUUGGAAAUCUUUUGAUGCCGACGCUACCAAACUGGAGGAUUGGGUCAAUAAGGGCGAUCAAGCGAUGGGCAAACGCCCGGCAGUGCUCAAUACUCCGCACGUCGAUAAGCUUGAGAAGGAGCUUGUCAAACUCAAGUCAUUCAAUAAUGAAAUUUCGGAGCAACAAGCAAAACUCGUCGCACUUGGUCAAGCAGCCGAUCAGAUAAGUUUGCAUUUGGCGCCAGAGGGCGCAGUUGCACUCAAGGAGCGUGUUAAUAAUAUGAAAGCCAAACUGCAGAAGCUCUCCGAGGGUACACGUGCUAAUAUCAAUGAAGUAUCCGAUGCGAUUAUAGCGCGUCAAGAUUUCAAUGCCAAAAUGGUGAACUUUUCCAAUUGGAUGGAUCAGCUGCGCAACCAAGUGGCACAAGUCGAGGAAAUCAAUCCUGAACGCGUUGAGACCAGUUUACACGUUAUUCAUGCUUUGAUGCAAGAACAUGCCGACAAGAAACCCAGCUUCAAUGCAAUAUACGAUGAAGUGAAACAACUUUCGCUAUCCGCGCCAGCUGAAGAAGCCAAAACACUGAAUGACAGUUAUACAACACUGGUUGUUAACUAUCAGAACCUCGAAACAAAUCUGCAGCAAAAGAAGGUUGCGCUCGAGAAGUGGACAGAAAUACUUGGCUGGAAAAAUGAGACCGAAAGUCACUUGAAUUAUUUGAAACACCAACUGGAGAAGCCCGAAGGUCCGAAGCCAGAGGAGCUUAGUAAGAUCAUCAAUGAAAUCGAUACAAUUGGCAGCUCGGUGAGUUAUUGGAAAGCACAAGCCAAAGAGAUCGAUGAAAGUCCGGCCAUCCAAUUACGUGAUGCUUUGACACGAAAACCAUUGAUUGCUUCACAGAUUGUUAAUGAUGUCGAAAAUAAAUUGGACAAUUUGAAAAUACGUUCUCAGGCACAAAAACAGCAGGCUGAACAGAUGAACGUACGCAAAGAGAAAUUCCAAACGCUUGGCCAGAAUUUCGGUCAGUCAUUGCUAGACAAUCGUGCUAAAUUGCAUAGCAUUCUACAACAGAAGCCCGGUUUGCAUAAUAUAGACCAAAUUAUAGCCGACUUAGUUGCUUUGAAUGAGGUAAUCAAGGGACAGGCCGAAUUAAAGGAUCGUCUUCAUGAUGAGGGCUCUAUAUUGAUGCGUGAAGAUAUCGGUAUUAUGCCCGCCAUACAAGAAAGUCUCUUGAUCUUCGACAAAGACUAUGACACGCUGCAGAACGAAAUUGCCGAUCGCAUACAAAAGUAUAAUUUGAUUAGCCAAGCGUUGCGCGAAUACGCUGACACAAAAGAUAAGUUUGCGAAAGAACUUAAGAAGGCCGAAGAUCUAUUCAGCGCUAUACCACAGCAACCGCGCGAUGAAGUGGAGUUGCAACAGGCUGCGGAAAAGACGCGCAAAACUAUGGAGCAAAUACGCAAGUCCAAGGCGAAUCUUGAUGAUCUUGAGCGACGCGGCAAUAAUGUGGCGAAGUUAUUUGACGCCAUCGGCGAAAUUGUGCCACAAGAAAUCUCUGAUGAUGUAAAGGCAGCCAAACAGCAAUGGCAAGAUUUGCACGACAAGACUGCCAAGAGUGCACAUAUGUAUGAGACAGAGGCGGUAAUCUGGUCACAGAUCGAAGAUGCUAAGAAGGAACUAGUACCAUGGUUGGCUGAAACUAACCAGGGUCUAUGUGAUGCUGCUGAUAAUUCAAUUGAAAUCGAAUUCGGCCCUAUGCGUCUGACUAAGUUCCAUGCUGAAUUGCCUUCCUACCAAAUACUGAAGGACACCAUCGCAGAGAAGAGUCGCGAACUUGUAAAAAUUAACAACGGCGUGGAAAUUCCAGCACUUACUGAAUUAAAUAAACUGCUCACAGCGCAGUUCCAGGAAGUGGAUUCGAAUGCCGCACGUUUAGAAGCAGUCACUUCAAAUUUCAAUGAGCAAGAACAGGAUUUGCGCAAGAAGAUCAAAAAUGCAGGCGAGCAAGUGAACAAAUUGCGUGAGCAGUUGAUCAAAUGCGAUGACAUGUCAGGUGAGCCGAGCAAAAUCAUGGAACGUCUACUUAAAUGCCGUGACUUACGCAACGCCUUAGACGGAAGCGCUAAUGAAAUUGACAACAUCAAGCAGUGCGUUGAUGAGAUGCGCGCCCAAUAUCCAACAUUCAGUGAGUCGAUUAUACCCAAGGAACUGAACAAUGUGCAAAAACGCUUUGAGGCCGUGGAUACACAUGCAAAGAAGAUCGAGUCCUCGCUUUUGCAAUUCCUGAAGAAAUUCCAUGCCGAUAAGGUCGGUAUGCUGAAGCGCAUAAUUGCCACACAGCGCGAAAAGGUGGCUUGGUGCCAACCUGAGUCAACAAGUGACAAAUACAAUUUGGAUGUGAAGCGUUCAUCGCUACUGGAGGUCAGCAAGGCAAUUGACGAUUGCCAAAAGCGUAAUGCUGAAAUUGGAAAAUCUCUGGAGCUACUACAAGCUGUUGAAACACCACAAAAUCUUAAGGACUUGCAAAAAGACGCCGAAUUAUUGAACGGUGAAAUGAAAGCAUUGCAAGAUAAUUUCAACAAAAUCAAGAAUGUGCUUGAUGAAAAUGUAGAUUUAUGGUCGCAGUACGAGCAAACCAAUGAAGAGCUUUCCUCGUGGUUACGCGAUGUUGAGGGGCGCAUCAAAGCCGAGACAAGCAAUCAAGUGAAUGUACCAGAAAUCCAGAAGAAGUUGCAAGAACUCGCCUUAUUGCAGCAAGACAUUAAAGCGCACGAGCCAGUAGUGCAGAAUUUAGAGAAGACAUCACAACUGCUGAUGGAGAAGAAUCCCGAAGCACGUAUUGGUCAAUUUGUUACCCACUUGCUACAACGCUACCAAACUGUGGCCAAGAGCUUGGCUGGCUACAUCGAUAAGGUGCAAAACGCACAGCGCGCGAAUAGUGAUUUUGUGACAGCCGUCAAAGAUUUCAAUGACUGGUUGUCCGAUGCGAAAGUUGAGUUCCAAGAAUUGGCGCGCAUGGGCUCACCCGGCUCAUCUUCGGCUACUGCUCAACAGUUGCAGACAGUGAAGAACUACUUGAAGACCUUCGAUAAUGGCCAGCUUUUGUUGAAUAAUGCUGUUGAUAUCGGUGAGGCAUUAUAUCCUGUUGUAAUACCUGAGUACAGAGAGAAGAUUCGAGCAGAGCUGCGUAAUAUACGCGAAAACUACGACUAUUUGCGUGACGAAGCCAAUGCGCUCUUACAACAGAUUGAGGGCGUUUUGAUACAGAAGACCUCCAUUGAGGAGAGUUACACGCAGGUGUCGCACUACCUCAACGAGUCCAAAGCUAAGGUGGCCGCUGCUGAUGAACUCUAUCCCACAUUGGCGGCUAAGAAGAGCGCUCUGCAGAACUACAAGACACUUCUGCAAGAGAUAACAUUGCAUAAGAACGCUUUAAAACAGUUGCACGAUAAGGCUGUGACACUCUGCGAUGACGAAUCUGAACGUAAAACCGAAGAGUCUAUCGAAGAGUACAAUGGUUUGUCUAAAAAAAUUGCCGAUCGUAUCAAUGUGGUCGGCAACCAGGUUGUCAAGCAUGAGGCAUACGACCAAGUACUAGAGAAAGCACAAGAUUGGCUCAACACCAUAAAAUCGGAAGCAAUUGAUAUUUUGAAUGAGACAACUUUUGAAAAGGAAGGUGCAGAAGAGAAGUUAACUGUUGUUGAGAAUCUGCUGCAACACAAGCCCGAAGGCGACACAAUAUUCGAGACAUGCCACCAACUAUUGCAAACCGUGCUUUCACAAACACACCCCAACGGCCAUCCAGCAUUGCUACGUAGCUACGAAGAGCCAAAGAAGUCAUGGGAUGAAUUUAUGACUUUGUGCCGGGAUUCUCUCGUCAAAUUGAAACAGCUUUGUUCUAAAUGGGAUGAGUUUGAAUCCAUUAUCGACGAGAUCGAUAAUUGGAUGAAAGAUGUCGAGAAUGUCGUGAAGAAUCAGAGCUUGAAGAGCACGGCUGGCACAAAGAAAGCGCACUUAGCCCAACUCGAGAGCAUUGCAAAAGACAUCGAUCAACGAGCAGCGUCCAUUAACGACUUACUCGACCAAGGUCGUGAAAUCGAGGGUGAAACCGAUUUGAAUCUUAAACUGUCUCGACUGAAUACAAGAUAUCAAACGCUGAAGAAUCUCUGCAAAGAAUCUAUUGCGAAGUACGCCAAUUACGUAAAGGAUCAUGAAACCUUCGACACUGAUUAUGAAGUGUUUAAGAAAGACUUACAGCAGUGCAUAGAAAAUUUGGCACAAAACGGUGAAAUUGUCGGGGAUCAGAACAUAUUGCAAGAACGCCAAAACAAAUUGCGUGAGAUGGCAGACAAACGCAUCAACGAUUCAACUAGCUUUGAAAGCUUGGUCGAUCGGGGUGAGAAGUUAUACGGACACACAAGCCCCGAUGGCCGCGAGAUAAUUCGCCAGCAACUGCGUGCUUUGCGUACCAUGUGGGACAAUUAUUCGGAUGACCUAAAUGCGGCCACACAGAAUAUAGACCACUGCCUGCAACAGUUCAACGAUUUCAAUAUUGCCAAGGAUCAGCUGACCAAAUGGUUAAAGGAUGUAGACAAGGCGAUGCAGAGCCACACCGAACCAAAGACAACACUGCAAGAAAAGCGUGCACAGCUGCAAAACCACAAAUUGCUUCACCAGGAAAUUACAACACACAAUGUAUUGGUGGAUAACGUUUGUGAUAAGGCGCAGGUGUUAAUCGAUCAAAUCAAGGACAACACGCUGAACGUCUAUCUACAGUCUAUCAAACAAUUGUUCAACAACAUUGUGAAGAAGUCUGAAGAAAUUCUAAAUAAUUUGGAUAAAUGCGUGCAAGAGCAUACCGAUCUACAUAAUCAAAUAGCAGCCGCUAAGACUUGGAUCUCUGGCGAGAAGGAGAAAUUGCUGGAGUGUGACGACGCCUAUGGUGAAAAGGCUGACAUCAAGCGAAAGAUUGAGACAUUGGUGCAGCUGGCUCAGAAUAAACCGCACGCGCAAAAGAUAAUCGAAGAAAUACGUGGUCAGUUCGAGAAGGUGAAGGCCACUACUUCAGAAAAGGGCAAUGAGAUCCUCGAAAAAGAAAUCGAAGAACUAGAGACCACUAUAAAGAGUCACUUUGAUGAUAUUGAGGGCAUCGAAGGUAAGCAAAAGGACGUACUGCAGCAAUGGAACGAUUUUGAGAGCAAACUUGAAGAGCUCACAAAAUGGUGUCGUCAAGCCGAAGUCGUCUUCCGUGAACAGCAAUUAAAGUCAACUUUGCACGAGAAGGUGGAACAAUUGGAGAAAUACAAAAUCCAACGUGAUCUUAUUUUGCAGAAAGAGAAGGAAAUUGACGCAUUUGCUGACGCAGCUCACGCUCUGUUGAACAAUUGCGGUGCCGAUCGUCUGAAAACGCUAACAAUGCAAAUCACCAACCGCUACCAACUAUUGCAAGUACUCAGCAAAGAGGUAGUCAAUCGUUGGUCGAACUUAGUGGAUGAUCAUCAAAUCUACCAGGACAAAUACAAUGAAGUGGAUUUGUGGCUUCAACCUAUCGAGCAACAAUUGGAUAAUGCGCUUAAACAUGAACCUUCUCAAGCCGCAAAUAUUUUACAAGUUCUGCUCUCUGAGAAAGAGCAAGCUGAAACGCUCUUCAAUGCGUUGAAUGCUGCCGGUGAGAAGGCGUUGCCUGAAACCUCCACUGAGGGACGCGAAAAAAUACGCAAAGAUUUGCGUGAUAUACAUGAACGCUGGGAUAAACUGGACGAAGGCAUACGCAAUCUGCAGAAAAGGCAAGAGGCACAAAGUGUGCAACUAUCGAGCUACCAGGAUAUACUUGGUCAGACACUCAACUGGUUGGAUCAAAUAGAAAAGGUGCUACAGAACGAAAAUCCCAACACCUGGACUAGUGCGCAGGAAAUACGCUCCAAAUUGUACAAGUACAAGACCACCACACAGGACAUCAACUCGCACAAGCGUAUCAUUGAGGCUGUGAAUGAGAAGGCUGCUGUACUUUUGGAGGGUACUGCCCCUACAAAUAUCGCUGAUAUCAAGAAUGCCGUUGCCGAUGUAAACAAACGAUAUGAAAAAGUGGCCGAUGACUGUGCCACACUGCUUGGACAGCUCGAGGAAGCAUUUGAGGUGUAUCAGCAGUUCAGUGAAUUGCAGAAGGCACAGCAGGAUUAUCAGAAGAAUCUUUGGGAUCGCUUGACCGGCUACUCAGAUUACUCUGGUAACAAGCCAGCUUUACAAGCGCGUCUAAAUAAGAUAUGCGAAAUUCAAGAUAGUUUACCCGAAGGUGUUUCUAAACUACAAAACCUCUCAGCUCAUAUUGAAGAGAAUGCAAAGUUGUUGCCUGCGCGCUCUAAAGAGGCGAUGUCACGAGAUUUAGCCAACUUGCAUGCGGACUUUGAUAAAUUUAGCGCCGCACUUAGCGACGUAAAGAGUGGCCUCGAGAAUCGCCUACAACAAUGGAGCGAUUACGAAGUAAAUCUGGAUCGUUUGAUUAAUUGGUUGAGCGAAGCUGAGAACGCACUCAAGAACUAUAAUCCAAAGUCGACAAUGGAAGAGAAGGAAGAGCAAUUAAAUCGCUUCCAAUCGCUUAUGCAGAACUUACGUCAAAAUGAAAUAGAGUUCGAAAAAAUGAAAGACGAUUCCUCGGAAUUAAUCCAAAGUUCUGGUGAAACCAGAAUCGCUGUUAACGUACAGCAAGUUACCUCACGUUUCCAAUCCAUUCAAGCGACCACGAAAGAGAUUCUCAAGAAAUGCGAACAAUCUGUGUAUGACCAUCAACAAUUUAACGAAAAAUACAAGCAAUGCUCUGAUUUCUUGGCAAAUGCGCAAGCGAAGUUCGAUGACUCCAGCGAUCUCGCGCAAGUGGGUUCGCGCGAUGAUCUGCUAAAGAAGCAGACUGCAAUCCAAGAACUCUUAGCCCAACAACCCAAUGCAUCUUUGAUGUUAAACAGCACCAUCGAAGGGGGUGAGAAAUGCUAUGCAUCCACGGCCACGGAAGGACGUGAAGCCAUACGUGUGCAAUUGGCCGAAUUGCAGGAAGCCUUCGACAAGCUUUAUGACAAUCUCACAAUCGUUUCUAGAAAGAUUCAAGAUAAGAUGUCCAAAUGGUCUGGAUUUGAUGAAAUCGCCGAAAAAUUGCAGGCGUGGUUGAAUGAAAUUGAGAAAGCCCUACCAGCUGAGAUUGAGCUGAAAACCACGUUGGACGAGAAACGCGCUAAAUUGCAAUCGUACCGCGACACUCUUAAUGAUCUCAACAACCAUCAAGUUGAGGUGAAGAAUUUGCAGGAAAUCGCUAGCAAUUUGCCGGAGAAGAACGAUCAUGUCGACCAUGUUACGAAAGAGAUUGCUGAGCAAUUCAAUAAAGUGCACAAACGUGCCCAGAACUUUGUUGAACGCUACGAGGCUAUUGUGAGUGACCACCAGCAGUACACUAAGGCCGUCAUGGAAGCACAAGAGUACAUUGAGGCCACACACAACACAAUUGACUACUGGGGUGAUUUGGAUUUGGAACAAGUAUCUCUGCAUACAAACUUAGAUCGUUUGAAAAAUCUCAAAGACAACUUAGCCGAUGAGUUCCCUCGCGUGGAUCAAGUCCGCGCCUUGGGCGAAAAGGUUAUUCCUGGCACUAUUGAGAGUGGACAGACAAAUAUCAGAUCCCAAAUCGAUACCACCCAACAGGAGUGGGAAGGUCUUAUCGCUGCCAUUACCUCGACCAUUGAAGCUAUCGAGAAUCGUUUGCAGCAGUGGGCAGAAUAUGAGCAGCUACGCGACCAAUGCCUGGCUUGGAUCCGCGAAUCGGACAACAAGUUGCACGCAAUUGACUUGAAGCCUACACUUAACGAUAAGAAGGCGCAAUUGGAAGCAUUGAAAAAUCUGCAAGGUGAAAUGCGCGCUAAGGAGCUAGAAAUCGACAGCGUUUCAGAGAAGGGCCAAUCAUUGCUGAAGGGUGCGUCCAGCAUGCGCUCAUCUGGACCUGAGUUGACUACGAAAUAUCAGCAGAUCUUCCACAAAGUAAAGGAACUCAACAACCGUUGGCAACAGUAUGUCACAUCUCAUCAAGAAUUCGAUAACGCCAUUUCUGAGUGUUCGACCUGGAUUAAUGGCAUCAAAGAUAAGUUGGACUACUGUGCUGAUAUGUCCUCCAUGAGCCAAAAGGAACUGGAUAAGAAGUUAGCAACUAUCCAGGAUAUUAUACUACUCAAAGAUGAGGGCUCUGCGAAGGUACUCAGUAUUGUUGAGCUAGCGCAGAAUGUACUUGCCAAUACCGCACCAACCGGGCACGAAGCGAUCAACAAAAAACUAUCAGAUCUACAAGAAUUGUGGUCCAAUAUUGCAUUGCGCAUUAUCGAUGUAAAAUCCACUCUUGAUGAUUCCAUAACUCAGUGGUCUGGUUUCUUGGAACAAGUACAAAAUGUACGUAAAUUCAAUGAAUGGUUGGAGAAUGUGUUGAAAGAGCUCUCCGAAAAUCAAACUACAAUGCCUGAGAAGCGCGCUCAACUCGAUCGCGUAAAGGCCACCGAAGAAAAGGUGCGCAUGGAGAAGAUUGAUGUUGAUUCGUUGAAGGUGCAGGCUAGAGAGAUGAUCGAAAGCGGUCAACAAAGUCAGGCAGCCUUCCAGGCUCAGAAAGUACUCGAUAAUUUCGAUGAAUUGUUUGCGCGCAUCCAGAAACUGCUCUCCGAUCGUCAUGAUCAAUACAGAGAUCAUCGUCUCUACAAGGAAGCUUAUGAUGAUUUGGUUAGCUGGAUUAGCCGUGCACGCGAGAAGUUCCCAUCGCUCAAACAGAGUAGUCUCAGCGAUAAGUUGGCCAUUGAAAAUGCCGUGCAGGCAACUGAAGCCAUGCUGAAUAAGCAGGCUCAGGGCGAAUUAUUAGUGGAGCAUUUGGUUCACACGGGCGAAGUUGUAUUGGCUAGUACAUCCCCGCAAGGACAAGAGAUUAUUCGUAAUGACAUACGUGCUUUGCGUGACAGCUUCGAGUCACUGUUCCGUGAAAUUAACCAACAGAAAGAAAACUUGGAGGUUACCAUGGUUCAAUGGCGGGCCUACAAAGAUGAAUACGAACGGUUGAUCGAGUGGUUGCAACAAAUUGAUAUUCUUGUUAAGAAUCACAAACUGAACUUGUCGCCAAACUUACCAGAUAAAGAAAAACAAGUGGCGGACAUGCGUGAAGUAAUGUCUCGUUUGGAAGGAGGCAAAGCGGAUAUCGAUAAAUUCAACGCUUCUUCCGCGGGACUCCUGAAAUCACAUUUGGAGUCCUAUGUGAACAAUCAGCUGAGACAUUUGAACUCGAUGUAUCAAGUGCAAGUAAAUCUGGCUAAAGAUGUGCUAAAGAAGGUUGAAACCAAUCGCGAUCAACAUCGUGAAUACAAUGCGAACUUGAAGUCAGCGCAGGAUUGGAUCAGUGACGCCAAGGAUGCAAUACGCGAGGCUAGUGAUUCUUCCAGCGCUGGCUCGAAGGAGCUACUGCAGAAGCGCUUGGAGAAAAUUCAACAAUUGAUUAGCAAUAGGGAGGUGGGACAGAACUUGGUACACACGGCGAUCAACAACGGUGAAAAGGUAGUUAGAAAUACUCGCUCCGAUGGUCGUGAUGCGAUCAACAGCGAGAUGAAAGAACUGCAGAAUGAUUGGGAUAGGCUGGUAAAGAAAAUGUCCACUGCCAAAGUACAGUUGGAGACCAAUUUACUGCAAUGGGCCGACUACAGCUCUAGCUAUUCACAACUGCAACAAUGGAUUACCGACCGCGAGUCCAAGUUACAACAAGCAUGCGAACAGAAGGUUGUAAAAUCGAAACGAGGUCAACCAGGCUUAACCUCCGGUUUAAGCGAGCGUAAAGCCAAUUUGCGUCAAACUAAUAAUAUUGUGCAGGAUAUAGUCUCCUUCGAGCCAAUGAUACAAUCGGUGGCAUCGAAGGCAUCCGAUUUACAGCAAGGCGCCCCAGCCUCAGAAAUAUCAGGCAAAUAUGAGACACUCACCAAACAGGCCAAGGAUCUGUACGAAAAACAAAAGAAUACUAUCGACCAAUUCCAGGCAUUGAUUGAUGCGGGCAAUGAAUUCGCUGCAUGGUUGCGUAAUGCCAAGGAGCAUCUGAGCAAAUGUUCUGAGCCAACUGGCGAUAAACAAGCGUUAGCUGAGAAGACACACCAACUCAAAAUACUGCAGAGUGAAGUGCCUGAAGGACAAAAGAAGUUGCAAGCUGUAUUGGCGCAAGGUGAAUUAGCUUGUCACAAUGCUGAGACCGAGGAUCGAGAGAUCAUUGAAGAGGAGGUUGGAUUGUUACAAGAAGAGUUUGAUGCUUAUGUAGAAGCACUGAAGAAGGCCAAAGACUACUUAGAAGUUGGUAUUGUCAAGUGGUCAGACUAUCAAGACCAAUACAGCGAAGCGCUGGAAUGGCUUAAUAAGACAGAAGCAAUGGUGCAAUCGUACAACAAACUACAAGAUAGUUUGGCACGCAAAAAGAUAGUAUUGGAAGAGUUCCAAGGUCACUUGCAAACACUCUUCGAUUGGCAGAAAACAUUAGAUCACCUCAAUAUGAAGGCACAAAUGUUGCUGGAGACCUGCUCCGAUACACGCGUUAGCAAUGCUAUCAUGCAGUUGGCCACCAAAUACAAUACACUGCUCACGUUGGCCAAGGAAGUGAUGCGCCGUCUGGAGUUGCACUACCAAGAACACCAACAGCACCGCACUUUGUACGAAGAGUGUCAAUCAUGGAUUGAAAUCACACGCGAAAAGCUUGCGGAGUGCGCACAGAUACCAGGUACCUUGAACGAGGUGCAAAUCAAACUUAACACCGUUAAGAACUUGCGCCAAGGUUUUGAGUCUGGUCAGAAUAAGCUACGCUAUCUGCUUGAGCUGAAGGAGAAAGUGAUUAUGAAUACCGAACAAAGUGGUGCGUCCAAGGUUCAGGAGGAUACCGAAGCACUGAAACAAGACUUUGACAAGUUGUUGAUCGACAUGAACGACGUACGCCAGAAAUUGGCGAAUCGCCUGUCACAAUUGGAAGAGGUUUACAAAUUACAUAAACUGCUAACCGAAUGGCUCGAAGACGUCGAACCCAGCGUCAAGACCAGCGACGAGUUCCUAAAUGAUUUGAGCGAAAAACGUGCAGCGCUCGAGAAAUUCCGCGCCAUUCAACGUGACAUCAACGGUCAUAAUGAUAUUGUCGAGAAGAUUAAUGCGCGCUUGAAUGAAGACAACAGCUUGGACCGUAAAGACUUCCAUGAGGGUCUCAACAAAUACGAGACCUUACAAGAGACUGUCGGCAAGAUCAUCGAAUCUCUCGAAAACCAAGUCAAUAAUCAUGACAAAUAUAAACAGGCAUUCAAUGAAAUUCAAGAUUGGUUGCGCAGAACACGCAUUGAGAUCGAACAAUGCGCCGAUUGUCAUGGUGAAAAGGUGCAAGUUGAAGAACGUCUUAAUAAGCUAGGAGACAUUGGUGCUUCAAUGGUGGAGGGCAAAUCGUUGCUGGAUGCUUGUGAAGAACUAAGUCAAGCAGUGAUUGCCACCAGCGGCAAUGAAGGUCAAGAUGCGGUGUCUCAGGAAAUCAAGCAAUUAGUAGGCGAAUGGGAAACACUGCAGGCGAUGAUGCGUGAUGCGCGCGCCAAUUUGGAGACUUGUUUGUCGUUAUGGAAUACAUUCUUGCAGAAUUUCAAUAAGAUCAACAAAUGGAUUGAAGAUAUUAGCAAGCGUGUAUCUACAGCCGCCGAAGCCGAAAAUAAAACACCCGACGACUUGGCAUACGCCAAGAAUUUGUUGGAGGAAGUUCUGGCGGAGAAGGACAAUGUCGAGGAUCUGAAUGACGCUUGUGAAUUGCUCAUGGAGCACAGCGCUUGCACGCGUGUACGUGAUCAGACAGUGGAGACACAGGCUAACUACACCAAACUGCUGACAUCAGCACAAGGUCUUGUUUCUAAGAUUGAGAAGAAUCUCUCUGACCAUACCGAGUUCUUGAACUACAAGAAGGAAAUGGAUGCCUGGAUUGAGAAGGCGCAACAAAUAUUGGAUGGCUGCACUGCGGAUGGUGACGUUAGCGAAAUCGCGCAACAAUUAGAAACCGUUAAUUCGCUUGCUUCUCGUCUACCCGAAGGUCAACAUCUGCUCGGCAUGGUACAAGAUGCCUACACGAAAGCUUCGAAUGUGACACCCGAAGGCAAGCAGGAGGUAUUGCGUGAUCUUAUGACUAAAGUACGUGAGGACUGGGAUGCAUUGGGACUCGCUGUCAAACAGAAGUUGACAGACUUGAAACAAGCACAAAAUCGCUGGUCCGACUUUGCCAACAACCGCGAUAAGCUCGAGAAAUGGCUUACCGCCACUGAAGAUACACUUAAAAUCACUCCCGAUACUAAGGGUGAAUUGAGUGAAAUGAAGACACUGCUCGAACGCUACAAAGCACUGCAGAUCGAAAUCAAACAGAAGGGAAACGACAUCGAGAAUUUGUUGGGCGAAGCUAAAGGUUUGGGCACCGAAGUGGAUGCUGUACACCAAAAGCAGGCACGUUGGGACAAAGUGAAGAAUGAUUGCGCCACCUACAUUAAGGGUCUCGAAAACGAAAUGGCUGACUAUAAUGCCUAUCAUCAAAGCUUGCAAGAUAUCGAGAAAUGGCUACUGCAAAUUUCCUUCCAACUUAUGGCACAUAACUCACUGUUCAUUUCGAAUCGCGAGCAAACAGAAGAACAAAUCAAACAACAUGAAGCACUGUUGGAUGAAAUACAAAAAUAUCAAUCGAAUUUGGAUGAUUUGAAUGCAAAGGGACAAGCGCAAAUUAAACGUUACGCACCGACGACACCGGCCAUACGCGACACCGUCGAAGAGCAGCUGAAGAAUAUUCAGGAAAGCUAUAAUUCGCUGUUACAGACGUCAGUGCAAAUCAAAAAUCGUUUGCACGAGUCGUUGGCGAAAUUCAAGGAAUACGAGGAUACCUUGGACAGCAUAAUGCGCAAUUUGGAGGCCUAUGAGCCGGUUAUACAAAACGAACUCGAUGCGCCGGCCACGAGUUUGGAAAUUGCGCAACAGCAAUUGAAGUGUGCGCAGGAUUUGCAAAAUAAGCUGAACAACGAAAAAUCGCGCCUUGCUGCUGCUGUACAAGCGUGUGAAGCUGCCACUGCUUCCAUCAGCCGCCCCAGCUCUCCGCUGGAGACUGCUAUGCAAGCCAUACCCGAACGCGAGCUCAUUGUGCGCGCGAAGCUGGAAGAUUUGCUGGAUCAAGUGCAAUCCCACUUGGGUGGAUUGACCGCUUCAGUGAGUGAAUUAGAGCAACAACAGAAACAACGCGCCGAGCUACAAGAUUGGGUUAAGAAGCAGCAAUCAGCGGUUUCCGAUUGGUUAACACGACCAUGCAAGUUGCGUCCCGAAGCUGCUAAGCAGGAGCUAGUAGCUAUGAAUGAUUUGUUGAAUUCCAUUGGCGACAAACGUUCACAAUUGAUGUUGGAAAUGACUGGAUCAUUGGCUGACGAAGACACCGAUCUCGACGAUAAUCUCGACAAACUCGAAUCCGAGCUGAUGGACGCUAUCGCCAAGAAACAAGCUGGCCAAAAUGAUAUCGACAGCUACCGACAAGGUGUGCAAGAUGUUCAAAACUGGUUCGACUCGCUAAUCAAACGCAUGGAUGUAUUGGAUAAGGGUUCUGGUUUGAAUUGUGGCCAGAAGGUGGCUGCCAUCAAUGAAAUCAAAAAGGAAUUUGAGGAACAGGGUCCCAGCAAAAUACAAGAACUGAAGGGCAAGGCGGCACAGGUUGCUGAGAUUAUUAGCAACUUGGAUGGCCAGCAAGUAGAAGAGCAAAUGAAAUCGUUGGACCGUCGUUACGCUGAUCUUGGUAAGCGUAUCGAUCGUAAGGCACAACUCUUGGAUGUCACCAAUAAGGGUGUUGAUGGUGCUAGAGGCGAAAUUGAUCAACUGCACAACUGGGUCAAGGAUAAGAUACAAGAGCUACAAACACCCACUGUUAUGGGCUAUGAACCAAAAGCUGCUGAAGCACGUCAACAAGCUAUCAAGGGUAUUAUGAAGGAGGCUGAGGCAAAGAAGUCACAGACUGAUGCUUUGGAGAAACGAAUUGCCAAUAUGAAACCUGAACUUGAACCUGUUGAGUACGCACAACUUGAAUCUGCUCUACGCCAAUUGAACUCAGAGCAAAAGAAUCUUUCAGAAGUGCUGAAAAGCGAAUUGGAUCGUGCACUGGAUGCAUCCAAAGCACGCAAAGCGCUCGAGGUUGAUUUGGAAAAGGCGCGCGCUUGGUUGAAAUCGAAGAUUGCCGAAGUGCGCAAAUUGCCUGUGUAUCAUCCACUGCCAUCGUCCGAAAUCGAGAAGAAAUUACAGGAGAACAAGAAGUACGAUGACGAAGCCAAACAAUUCAACGAUUCAGUAUUGAGUGAUGUACAACGCCAAGCGGCAAAUAUAAUGAAGGACUGCCCGGAGGCAGAUAGAGCAGCUUUGCAAAAAAUACUUGAUGAAAUAGCCGGCGAUUAUCAAACGUUGAAGGAAGAGAGCAGCAAGCGUGCUAAGGCGUUGGGUGAUCUUUUGCAGGGGCGCAAAGCAUUCGAGGAUACUAUGAAAAAUAUGGGUGAUUGGUUGAAUGAGAUUGAGACCGCUACCGCUGGUGAAUUACGCACCACCAGCGUGCCAGUUUUGGAGGAGCAAAUGGCGCACUACAAAAAAUUGCUGGCAGAUGCUGAAGGCAAGGCCGACUUGAUGAACAAUGUUGCUGAGCAAGGCAAGGGUAUAUUGCCCACACUAAGCAAUCCUGACAAAUUGAAACUAAAUGACGACAUCAAAAACUUGAAAGACCGUUACGGCAAAGUAACGCAGAAUAUCAAGGAUCGCGUCAAUACACUUGCGGAUCAUAUUAAGAAAUACAAGGAUGCUAAGGGCAAAUUAGCCGACUGCAUGCAAUUCCUCAGUACUAUACAACAACGUUUGCGCGAUUUAAACAAACCUAUCGGCUCAAAGAUCGAAGACGUUCAAGACUUGCUGGGCGCAUAUGAGGACAUUCUCAAGGAACUUAAGGACAGCAAGAACAAGAUGGGCGACAUACAAAUGGAUGAUUUGCCUGAGUUGCAGAGCAUAUUACAGCAACAGGAUGAUAUGAUCAAACUGAUUGAAGAUCAGUUGGCUCAUUUGCGUCAAUUGUUGCUACUUCGUGAGCAGUUUAUUGCGCUGAUCAAUGAGAUUAUCGCUUUCAUCAUGAAGUACACUGAUGUUAUAAUCGACAUUGAGAACUCGCCUGACAGCUUGGAGGACAAAAUCAAUAAGUACGAUGGUGUGAUUGUUAAGAUACAAGAAUGCGAGGGUCUUCUCGCAUCCGCUACCGACAAAGGACAGAAGAUUGCAUCUGAAGGAACAGCUGCCGACAAAAAUAGCAUCACUGAGCAAUUACAAUCGCUGAAGAAUCAAUUGCAGAAUUUGCGCAAGGCUGUCGAGUCACAACGCCAAAAGCAUCAAGUGCAACUCGAACACCAUCGCAAAAUGGCUGCCGAACUCUCUGAAAUUCUUGAUUGGUUGCAUAACAAUGAAGCUUCCGCAAAGUCGCGUCCACUAUUGGAUCGCGAUCCCGAAUCUGUGGAACAUGAAAUACAAAAGCAUCAAAAGUUGUGCAAUGAAAUCCAAGAAUAUUUGAAUAAAUUCAACAAAAUCAAUGAUAGCGUCAAAACGGAGGUAGGCAUGCCCAGUUCGUUGGUCGAAAUGCUUUCCGAGGGUCGUUCAUUGGUCUCCUCAUUGCCACAAGAGCUUGAAGAUCGCGAGAAAUACUUGAUUAAUAACCGCGACUCGCGCCUUGAAUACAUGAAAUUGGUGGCCAAGUUCAAUGAUUGGGUGCAUGAAGCAGAGACACGUCUCCAAAAUAGCCAACAUGGAAUCGACUAUGAAAAUCUUGUACAAGACUUGGAAGAGCACAAAAUCUUCUUCGGUAAUGAGACACCCAUCAAGAAUUUGGUACAUAAACAAAUCCAAGAGGCAGCCGAUAAAAUCUGGCCAUCGUUGAACAACUUUGAACAGUCGGAAUUAUCCAGAGAAUUGGCGCAAUAUCAAACGAAAUUAGCAAAUACAUUUGCAACGGCGAAAUCGCAACAAGGCGAAUUGGAGAAGGAAGUCGAGCGUUGGCGCGAAUACCAACAGUCGGUGGAGCGCGUUAAAGCGACAAUAGAGCGUAGCAAGUUCAGCGAUGAACCGGUGCAGAAUUUGGCCGGCCUGCAUUUCAACAUACAGAAGUUGACGCAUGCCAUUGGCAAUGUGCAGAGCCAAACGAGUGACAUCACUCUCGCCAAUCAACAAGCACAGGGACUUAUACGUGAAGCAGACGCGCGCAACCGUCAGCUGAUUGAACAGGAUAACGCCGCAUUGAAUCGUUUGUGGAACGAAUUGAUUAAAGGACUUGAGACACGUCGCGAUUCGUUACAGAGUAUUGCCGAACGUUGGGACGAUUUUGAAAAUCGCUUGCAUAGCUGGGAGAAGGCAAUUAGCCGUUUGGAAGAUAAAUUCCGCAAUGUCGACCCAGUAGUUAGGUCGCGACGUCAUUUGGAAGAUACGAAGAAUGUCAUCCAGGAAAUACUCGCCGAAUCUGAAGAACUUAAAUCAUCACAUAAAGAGAUUGAGACGCUCUCAAAAUCAAUCGUCACAUUCCUUGGGGAAGUUCACCAACCCACAUCACAGGCCCUACAGGCCAAAGUGGAUAACUUAGUACAGCAGCAGACAAAAUUAAACGACACCUUACGCGAGAAGGAUCGCCAGGUUGGCAAGGAUCUGGAAGAGAUCGAAAAGGUCUUCCAUCGCAUUUCAGAGCUGCAAGAUAAAUUUAACGCGCUACUUGAGCAGAUACAAGAAGUACACGCUUUUGACGAGAAUAUCGCCGCUAUUGAAAAGUCCCUAACCGAUUUGCAGCAACAAGUUGACAAAGCGGUUGAGGAGAGCACACAAUUGAUCGCCAACACCAAGGAGAGCUACUUGAAGAAACAGAAUCUGGUACCCAGUGAUAUACAACAGGAGUUUACCGCAUUGGAAUUGCUCUCAGAGCGAGUACAAGGCGCCAUGGAAACGAAACAAAAGGACUUCAAACGUGCCAAGACUGUACGCACCGAAUACCUGAGCGGCGUGGAUGAGAUCCAAAGAUGGCUGCGACAGGCGGAAGUGCAAGUGCAAGAUCGUACACUCGCACCCACACAGAUGAAAGAACUACUGCAUCGCAUCAAUCAAGAAAUUGCCGGCAUUUAUGAGCGCUUCACAAUGGUUAAAACAAAUGGACAACUGAUUAUCGAUAAUUGUCGCAAUAGUAAUGAGAAACUACUCGUACAAUCGACGAUCGAUCAGUUGGCACAAGAAUUGGGACAAGUACGUUCGUGGUUGGAUGAGAAGAAACAACAAGUCGGUGAUAGCUUAGAUGCAUGGACAAGAUUUAUGAAUUUAUACCAAAUUGUGAUGGCGUGGGUGGCCGAGAAACGCAUCUUCCUCGAUCAGACAAUCGAACUGCGCACACUACCCGAGGCACGAAACAAACUCAAUGACUAUGCGGCGGCUGUGAAGAGUAUCAAACCAAUCGUGAAGCAUUUGAGCGAAAUGGAUAAGGAACUGGAACACAUUGGACAAGUGACGACUGUGGGCGAUCUCAAGGACAAAUUGCAAGAGGCUGAGGAUGCGAAGGUUUCCGUGGAAGCGGUACUACUGGAAAGGAAUUCCCUAUUACAAGAAGCCUGUGAAGAAUGGGAUCAAUGCGAACGCAAAAUCAAGGACAUACGCAACUGGAUAGACAAAACGAAGCAAUCAUUGGACUCGCCGCAACAUAAGAAGAAACCGCUGCGUGAUCAAUUGGGCUAUUGCGAGAAAACACUAGCAGACAUUAAUGUACAGAAAACCAAACUGCGCCUAUCCAUCGAGAAAUUGGAGGUGCACUUCCGCAAUGGUAUGGGUGGCGAUCCGCGCCUAAGCGAAAAUGUCGAUGAGCUGUUGAAGGUCUUGGACGGACUGGCGGAAUUGGUACGCACCAAAACCACUAGUCUGGAAGAGACUCUGAGCCAGAUCGACAUCUAUCAGCAACAGAUGCAAACGUUGCGUCAGAAGAUCAUACAAGAAGAGCAACAAUUGCGGCUCGUAAUGGCGCCCACGUAUCUGCCACACGAUCGUGAGCGUGCAUUAGCAGAGCAACAGGAGUUAACGCACGAUAUCGAAGAUUUACUGCAAUCCCUAUCGACGGUCGAAGAUGGUAUUGGCAAUUUGCCCAGCGCAAGUCUGGAUGGUAUGCUGCAAGGAUUAAAGCUAAUCCAAGAGAAUCUGGAAUACCAGGAAAAGGAAACAACACGUCUACAAGAAAUCAGUUAUACGUUGCCUACCGAUCCAGCAACAGAGCGUACACUUAACGAGAUCAAGGAUCGCAUUGAUCUACUACUACGUCGCACCCAACAGGGCAUCACAAUGAUUGCAAACGCCAUGCACGGCCAGACAAAGCGUGAGGAAGAACUGAAUGAAUACCAAAUGCAUUUGAUCGCAUUGCAGGAAUGGAUUAUGGAGGUAUCGCAACAGCUCAAAGACCUUGAGCCUACCCCCGAAGUCGCCGAAGAUGAAGAGCAGCUCAAAAAACAAGCCGAGCGCAGUCAACAGCUACUACGCGCACUGAAAGAUAAGCAGCAAUCACUUGAAGAGUUGGUCGAGAAAACGCGCCUGCUGCAACAGCAUGAAGAUGUUGCGCCCAUGGCUUGCGAUCUAAUGGAUCAGCUCGAGCAUAUUAUUACGCUGCUGCGUGAGCAAAUCACUGUAGCCACUACACGUAUUUACACCAUCGAAAAGACAAUUGUGGAGCUUCGCAAGGCUAAACAUGAGGAAGAGCAACGAAAACGCAUUGCCGCCGAAGCGUUGAUACAGCCACCCACCAGCGCGCCAGAAUCGGUUAUAUCAAAUGCUAGUACAAUUGAUUCCACCCCAAUGCCAGAGGAGGAGGUAAAGCCGUCUAGUGCACAAGUAUUGGCAGUGGAAACGCAAACUUCCGAAAGUCUUGUUGUGCCACAACCACAACCUAUUGUGGAGACUCACACAGUGGAGGCGCAAACCAGUUUAGUGGAACCAGUUGUGCCAUUGGCACCUUUUGUCGAAACCAUGGAAACUGCCAUGCAGACGCAGAAGGAGCGUAAGCCUACCGAGAAUAUUUUAGUCACCUCAACUAUACAAGCUGGCCAGGAAACGAUACAAAUCGACACCAUUUCGAAUAAGGAGAUACCUGAAGUGCCAGACGAUGUCGAAAUUGAAGCACGUUACCAUCAACAGCCGCAAGGAGACAUCGAUCGUGCCACCGAAUUGGUGCUGAAAAACGUGCCACAGUCAUUCGAGACCACCUUUGUCGAACCCGAUCAAACGACUACUGAAGUUGUGGUGGAUGCAGAUGGCACCAAGCAUAUCAUUGUAAAGAAAGUAACACGCACCCGGCAAGAGGUGGUGCAACAUCAGCAAAUCAGCUCUAUUGCAACGGUAGCCGAUACAGAUGGCAAUAUUCAGGUGCAAUCUACCGGUCAACUUAAUUUGGAAAAUGUGCAAACAGCCGAUACCAGUGGUGAUGAUGAGCAUGGCUAUAAGACAGUGGUCAUGCAACAGACACGCGGCACUGUCGUCGAUGGCUCUGAUCCGAAUGCGGUUGUCGUUAAAGAGUUCGAGACCGAACCAACAAUUGAACGGUAUGAGCAAUUACAAAUGCCUGAGGGUCAUACUGAAAUUAUUACCAUCGCAACGGAGGGUCCAACGACCACAGCCACAACGCAGAGUAGUAUUCGAGCCGUUGUGCAGCAAGUGACGCGAAAGAUUAUCCGCAAGACACGCAAGAUCAUUAAGCGCAUUGUGGUAAUCGAUGGCGUUGAGCAUGUCACAGAGGAGGUGGUCGAAGAGCCCGAAGAAAUCGAAGUUAGCGAGGAAGAAUUGCCACCACAAGUGAAUGUGAAUAUCAUUCGCACUGUUAAUGGUAAGGUAGUAACUGAGGAAGAGUUUGAACGGCUAACUAAGGAACCGGGCGUGGUAAUAGAGGAGGUUUCCACGGACUUGUUGGAACCAAAAGCCAGCGAAACAAGCAAACCCUUAGACGAGGCUGCCCCAUCAGUGAUUGACUCGAUGCAGCCGCAACAGGUAUUUGAUAUUCAAACUUCUACCAUUACAACAACUACAACACAAACACAACCAACAACAACCAGUAUUAUAACAACAAGUACAACAGAAAGAACAACAACAACAUCAACAGACCAAGCACCUGUAGAAUUUGUUGAUUUGCCAGCACCAAAAGUAGUUGAACAAAGAAUCAUUGAAACCGUAGAAGCUACUAGUACUAGCCCCGUUAAUAUUCCAGCGGACUUAAGUACAACAGCCCAUGAAGAAAAGAUAGUAGUAGAGGAGACAAUUUCACCAAGCGUACAAACAACUGAGCCUAUCGAGAAUAUAAGUGAGAUUUGGCCCAGAGAACACCAUUUGGUACCAACUGACAUCGAUUUUUCACAACACGUCGAUGAAGAUCCAAAACCAGCGGUAGAGGUCUAUGAAGCGAAGAUUGAAACUGAGGCUAAGCCAGUAGAGGCAAUUUGGCCAAUUGACGAAGAUACGGGCUAUCCUGUUUCCUUAGCUAAAUACAGUUUCGAAAAGGUUGUGGUACCAAAAUCGAAGCCCGAAGAAGGCGAGCCACUCGAAAAGUCAACAGUGUUGACAACAACAACAACAACAGUGACUACCACUGAAAGCAAGUUGCCCGAGAAAACCGUCGAAGUGACUGAAUCAGCUGAAGAACCAAUAUUCGUUGGAGUAGAGAUGCCCGAAUUGGCCCCCUUCAAAGAACCUGAAAGCUUCGUAUCAGAAGAAACAAAAGUAUGCCCUUCAGAAUCUACAGUAUUAAUAUCAGAAGUGCCUGAACAACUACCACUCACUCCUAAAGCAGAAGUAUUAGUUCCUGCCCCCGUCAGUGAACCGGAAAUUUUGCCAACAGAAAUUCAAGAAGCACGUCCUAAGACACCUGAACCAACAGUAUUAGCACCAAUGCUGCCAUUGCCACAAGUCACGACCAUGGAAGAGGUGGCUCCAGUAGAACCAAUCUGUCCUGAAGAAGUGACCAAAGUAACCACCGAAGAAGUCAUUACAGCAUCACCUGCCACGCAACCGCAACCAACACCAGUUGAACAGUUACCCCGUAGUGAACAAGAGUCGUUCACAUCAACUGAGAUCAGCGCAAGUACGCCACCAGAGCAUAAGCUUAUGGAAGUCGCACCAUCAGAAAAAGCGGAAAAAUCCAAAAUCGAUAUACGGGCUGCCACACAACUUUUCAUUUCUGGUGAAGUAUUGGCUACUGAUAGUGAUUCGCCACGAAAAUCAUUCACAGUGACCGCCCCUUCGAUUGAACAACCUGGCAGCGGUGUUCUAAAAGUUGUUUUGACACCUGAGGAAGAUAUUGAUCCCAAUCAAUUGCCACCAAAGGUAAGCAUGAAAAUUGUUGAGACUACAACUGUAACUGAGACAGAGCGCGAGGACACUACGCCGCGUGGUGAUGAGUUGAAAGCUACACCCAGCGAUUCUAAGAGAAGUCGUAAGAAAAAGAAAAGAAAGGAAGAAGUCGAACCUGAACUUGAACAAAGCGAAGAAGAGCCCAAGGUGGAAAAACCUGAAGUGCCAGUGUCCAGAGUUUCAGUUUCCGAAAUCGACAUUGACUCUCCUCGAGAAACUGGCUAUGAAGCAGAUGACAAAACUUUAGAUGAUGAAGAUGUCGAUGAUAGUAAGAAGAAACGACGUAAGAAGAAGAAGCAAAAAGUCAAGGCUCGCGAAGAUGAAGAGUCGCAUUUACCAUCGUCAGAGGCGACAGCCCGCGACAUUGAAUCGCCUAGUUUGGAAUCCGAAGGUAAAGUCAAACAUGAGGCAAUUACUGAAAUUAGUCCGGAAAGUGAAGCUACCAGCAUUGAGGUAGAUACUUCAGUAAAGGUGGUCGAAGAAGCUGUUGUAACGCCCGAUUCCGAUUCUCCACGUGAGCAGUUCACUGAGUUGGUCAUUCCGACUGAAGUUUUGGAAAUUUCCUAUGUAGAGGAUGAACAACAACAGACAACGCCACGCGAGGAAACGCCGUUACCAGUCUUUGAAGAGCCUGUGACAGAGCUGAAGUCUUCUCAGACAUCUCCAGAACAUAAGCCAAAGCAUGAAGAAAUUUCAUUACAGACCAGUAUUGAAGUUGUACCGGAGAGUCAAGACACCGAAGCCCAAACAAUAACAGUAGAAAUAACAGAAACGGAAAUGCAGACAACACCGCGUACAGAGGAGCCCGCCGCGCAGAUAAUAGCUGAACCAAAACAAACAGAAGAAGAAGAGGUGCAAACUGAUGUACCUUUUAUGGAGGUCGAGCCCAAAGUAGAAAUUCUUCCAAAACCCGAAACCACUGAGAUAUCAAGUCAAACCAUUGUCGUUACCACAAUUGAAAAAGAACUACAGACUACACCUAAGGAAUCGCCACAUACUCCCGAACCCAGCAGCACGGAUAUUAUACAGCCGUUGGUACAGGAGUUGGUAAGGGAUAUGACUACCGAUCUACCCGCUGAAAAAGUAGAAAAGUCAGAUCAAGCUAUUGGAACUGACAAAACAGCCACGCAAGAGAUUUAUGUACAAACAAUCACGCCCGAACCGGUGGAACAUGUUAGACCAGCAAGCACACCUGAACCCGUGGUUGAAGAAUUCAUUGAACCUGUACAAGUGGUGAAAUCACCUGCGGAACAACGUGAUCAGCACACAAUGACUUUCGAGCUGACUCAGUUCGCAGAUUCAACGUCUCAGACUACGCCACGUCACGAACCACAGCCGAUGGAGCAGCCAAUAUCAUUGGAACCGGUGACGCUAACGGAAGAUAUCUCGUCAACAUUAACUUCCAUGUCCGAGCCGUAUAACAUAGAAAUACAGACAUCGGUGGCGAUACCGCCAGACACGGAUAGCUCUGAGUUAGAACCUGUCAUAUAUGAGCAUACGCAAACCAUUGAAUUGCCAAAACGUGAUAAGAAGAAGAAGGAAAGGAAGAAGAAGAAAAAACAUGAUUCAGAAGGAACUCCAGCGGAAGAUGAAUCGGUUUCUGAACAAUUACCUGAAGUCAAUGUGAAUAUUGAAAUAGCAAAGGACAUUAUACCCAAUGCCGGAGUAGUAGUAACGACCACUCAAGAUCUUUCAGAACCAAUUCAAACAACUGAAGACAAAACUACGCCAUCUGUGGAAAAGAAACCCCAAUUGGUGCAGCUACAAAUCACUAAAACGACAGUUUAUGAAGAAUUCCCAGACAUUCCUCUACAAAUCAGUGAACAAAGUAAGGUGACUUUAUCAGGCCAACAAAGUGGUGGUAAACCUCGCUCCAGACCUACCUCAUCGGUCAUGAUUGAGGAAGUCAGCUCGCCGACAGAAGAGAUUGUUGUGCCAAUAAUACCAGGCCCAGACAAUGAGCCACCGCAAAGGGCAGCAGAAAGCAUAUGGUUGACAGCAACAUCUGCCAUUAGUGUGGAUAAAACGCCAAAAGAUGCCUCGCAAGCAAUGAUUAUGUCGGAAAGUCUGCAACAUUACCCCGGCCCACAAGUGCAAUCAAAACCUGUGGAUGUUUGGGCGGAAACGAAACAGAUGAUUGGCGGACGCAUCAGAUCACUGAAAGAGUCUACACCGGAGCAUACACCACUCAGCAAUGUUUUACAUUUGGCCACUCUUUCCGACAAUAUAAAGGAUGUACCCAUCGAGGUACGAGCACAGGAGGUCAAUCAAGGCUUACACGAUUUGGAAAACGCAGUGCAGCGUGGUGAUCGUACAAUCAUAGAAACUACGGUUAUAACUGUUAUUGAAAAAGUUUCCACCUGGCUGGAAACCAUUGAAUAUCGCGUGUACUUGAUUAGACAGAACUCCGAUGAGGGUCCAUCUGAAGAGAAGUUGGAUAAUUACAACCAACUGAAUGACGAACUUUGUACCAUCAAGUCGAAUGUCAAUACACUGGAAACGCAUCUAGAAAAGGCUGACCACUUGACUGGUCCUGAGGUGCAUCAAUGUGUAGAUGCUCUCAAGGAGCACGUAAAUGCUGUGGAAGAUGUCACCAAAGACAACCAGGUGCAAGACUCUAAAGAGUUGGAAAAGUGGAAUACUUUUGUUGUGUUGAUACAUCGUACCACUACAAUUUUGGAGGAACUUCAAGAGCGUUACGAGACCAUUAUAACACAAGACAUAACGUUGAAUGCGAAAUUGCGUAGCCUGGAUGAACUAGAGGCACAAAAUGCCGACGUACAAGCUGGUAUCGCUGAGCUAACGCAAAGCGCACGAGCUUUCCAACGUAACUUCCCAAGUAAGAAGGUUCCCCAAGACAUCUACAACUCCUACGAAGUUUGUAAAAAUAUCGAGAACAACAUAUUGGCCGAACGCGACCGUUUGCUACAGCUACAGUCAUUAGGUGAAGAGUAUGAGCAAACGCUAAAGGAGUUCACCAACAUAACGGUAUUAGCAGAUAAAAUGGUAGAAAGUCCAAUUAUUUCCAGCUCAUUGGAACAACUCAACAAUGAGGUGCAAAAACAUCGCAAAUUCUUUGUAAAUUUGAGCCACUGCCGCGCCAUGUUAGAGUCGCUGGAGGAAAAUAUCGACUCGGAAACGAGAGAAAAGCAUGCCGAGUUGCAUAAAGAACUAUACAAUCGUGCGACUGUGCUAUUGGAGAAAGCCUCUGAGCGUUCGUCGAAAUUAGUACAAGCUGCUUCGCGCUGGACUGUCUUGGAGAAGGGUAUGAAGGACGAAUUGCAAUGGCUGCACGUAGCGCAGCAGCGUGUACCUGAUUUGUCGGCUGUCACUUCGGCUGACUACGACCAAUAUACAACACUUUAUCAAUCGCUCAGCACCGACAUCUCACAUCACUAUCUAAAGAUGACACAACUCUCAAAUAUUGCCAAUAAACUACAAGACCUUGUGCAAGCGCCCAAUCUUGUCGAGGAGACCAAUGAAGCACUCAUUGUGCUGUUGAAGUUGCGUGAAGAAGUUUCCUUGUACCUGCAUCGUCUGCUCGUAUUUAAGGAAAUCUGGACGCAGUACGAAAACCAAACCGACAAAAUGGAGACGUUUGUGCGAGAUGCUGAAAAGGAAUUGCGCAACAUACACAUACCCGAAGAUCCAUUGGAACAACCAAUCGAACACAUGCGUCAAUUUUGGGAAAUGAAGGCUAAUUUCGAAAUGCACAACAAUAUACGCAACUUAACUGGACAUAGUUUCGAGAAGGCCCUACAAGUCAUACCGCUCGCCGAUGAGAUGUUGCAACGUCAAUUCCAUGCGCAACUCGAAGAGCGCUGGCAAAACAUAGCCGUCUCCAUCGAACGCAUACAAAACAACAUAGUAAAUAGUCUCGCAUCGCAAGAUGUGCCAGCAGAAGAGAAAUUGAAGUUGCUCGAACGUGAGUUGCAAGAAAUUUACCUCACAAUGACCAGCAUUAAGGGUGUAAUCAAGAACGAGGAAGAGCUUUGUCUCUACAUUGAACGCAUACAGGUACUGCGCACACGUGUUGGCUUCAUUGGUAAUGAGCUGGGACGCAUUGGCCUACAAGAUCCCGCCAUUGAACCAGAGAAGGUGGGUGAGCUCUUCGCCCUCUCUCACAAGAUCAACACACAGAUUUCGGAAGAACUUGAAGGUGCCUCUGUGCUGCGUGAACAACUGCGCGCCAUACAAGAAGGCAUACAGAAUUUACGCAAACAUCAAACUAAACUUUCGGUCAUACUGGACGAAUGCGAAAGCGCCGAAAAAUUAAGCAACGAAGCGAUCGAAAAGGCGGUAAUCGACUGUCAAGCUGUGGGUGAAGAUCUCAUCGGUAAUUGGCAGGAAAUCAUGCGUAUACGACAAAUGUUGCAUACACUGCCAAUGCGUUUGAAGAUGUCCGUGUCACCGCUGAAAUUGGAGCGUGACAUCUCGCAGCUGCAAGACGAUCACGCUUUCUUGGAGAGUAAGUGCACGAACAUUUUGACGAUACUAAGAAAUCGUUUAGCGCUCUGGAUACGCUAUGAGCGACAGUUGGAAAUGGUGCAUGACUCCGUGCAGGAGACAGACUUUAUGAUGGAAUUGCUGAAGGUGCACGGACAGGUGGACUACGAGCGGCUACGAAAGGCCACUGAGCGGCUAGAGGGUCUUGCUGGUGAUUUGCAAAAUCGUGAAACACUCUUGGACGACUUAAAAUCCUCUGCCAAGCCCCUUAUCGAAACGUGCGAUGUGCAAAUUGUCGAACAAAUCGAAUCGGCCGUUCAGGAUGCGGUUGUAGCCUGGAAUGAUACUUCGGAUAAUUUGCAACAAUUGUGUACACGUUAUCAACGUGCCGUUGAGCUUUGGGAGAAAUAUCGCAACGCAUCGGCCGCUGUACGCAAUUACGUUGAACAACAAAUGGAUACGGUGAAGAAUUUGGAGCAGCCAUUAGAAACUUUACAAAAUGCUAAGAUCUGCCAGGAUAAUUUGAAUGCACAAACAGAUCGCUUGUCCGAGCUGCGCGAUAUCGUUACGAAAAUAGCCGCCGAUAUUGGUUUGGAUGCUUCCGGCCUCAUGCAAGGCGAAUUGGAUGCUUUAGGCCAACGCUUGCAAGACUGCAAGGAGGCCAUUACGACAUUGGCCAAUGUGGCCGAAGCCAAGGAUAAAGAACGGAAGGCAAUCGAAGAGAAUGUACAACAAACGAAAACGUACUUGAACAAUGUGCAGAAGGACGUUGAUCGUCAGGCGCAAGCCACGGUUGCCGGCGUGCCCAGUGAAGAGCAACUAGCAGCAUUGCGUUCACACCUGCAGACGCUGGCGCGCACUGAGGAAGAGUUGAAGCAGUUGCGUGAGCGAAAUAUGGAAAAUGCAGUUACAGAGCGUGGCAAUGCAACUGAAGAUGACAACACCAUCAUCGAAGUACUAGAGCUGUGGCAGAAGAUUUUCCAGGAUACCUUCCAGGAGUAUCAUCGUCUGUCCACCCGUUUGUUGCGCAGCCAGAACAGCGCUGAGGCGUUGAAGUUGUGGCGUCAGUACUUGCAGCAUGUGCAGCAAUUCCUUGCUUGCAACAUACCCGAGGACUACACGAGCCUCAAAGAGCAGCAACAUCUCUGUGAGAUACAUCAGAACCUGCUUAUCUCACAACAAAAUGUGCUCGCCACGCACACUGAAACCGAGCAACAACUGGAGCCAGCGCUUGCCGAACAAUUCAAGCUGCUAACGAAUAUGCACAACGAAACGUUAUCCGGUAUUAUGCAACGCAACAAUGAGUUGGAACGCCGCAUGGCAGUUUGGAAUGCAUAUCGUACCGAUUUGACUGCACUGCUAGAGUGGUUGAAGGAACGCGAAAAGGAGCGCACGCGUCUACAGCUGCGCUACAUACAUCUCAAACGCGUGCCCCGCCUCAAGCAGCGGCUGGAAGAGUUACUGCAACAGCUGCCCGUAGGCGAGUCAAUGUUGGUAAAGUUGAAAGAGCAGCAGACUGAUUUGCUACGUUUCUGUGAUGAUGCUCUGGCGACCUCCAUACGCAUGGAACAGUCGAGCGUGGCGCAGCGCAUCAAUAACUUGAAAGCGGCGCUAGAAACAUGGUUCGGUUUUCUGGUUAAAAUUUCAAAGUUGGCGAGCUCGUAUGAUCAACGUGUAGCCCAACUCGAUACCGAAUUUGAAAACAUUCAACAACUGGUGGCCAAUACUAACACGUCGUUGCCUACUAGUUCCAAUGCCAUACAGGAUUGCCUGAGCAAACUACGCGCGCAGCAGGUACAUCUUUCGACGUUGACACAAGAUCUUGAAGGACUCAAUGUUAUGCAAGAGGAACUCAAGGAGUGCAUUAGCCCGCAUGACAUGAAGGCUAUACGUCAAAAGAUUUGGUUGCAAUGGCAACAACAUGCCGAUCUCGAAUACCAAUUGUCAACAUUGAUCAAUACUAUAGAGGAGCGUUUGUCAUUGCACGGACUCUUCAAUACCCGCUACGAGCGUCUGGCUCACUGGCUGACCGGUUUAGAGCAUCGCGUUGAACGUGAUUCUGAUAUCUCAGCAAUUGGGAACCCCGAAGAUGCGGCGCGUCAACUGGACAAACAAAUCACCGCCGAGCUGCAGUUGCGCGAGAAGGAUCGCGAAUGGCUGCUCUCUACAGGACGCGAGUUGAUCUCACUCUACACCGACAAUUCGCAGAAUGCGGAUGCGAUACGAUUCGAAGUGCAAGAUAAAUCUGAUAUGCUAAUCGAUCGUUGGGAGCGCCUGAAGUAUCUCAGCAAACAGCGCGCUAAUAAGAUUGGCGAUUUGAAGAUGACAUUGUUGCGUCUGGAAGAACGCAUUGCCUUAAUACGAGCCUGGAUGUUCGAAGUUGAAACCGAGUUAGACAAGCCGCUCACCUUCGACUCUUACACACCACCAGUGAUAGAAGCGAAGCUUAAGGAACACGAGAAAAUUCAACGUUCAAUUGAGAAUCACAGCAGUAACGUAGGUGAAGUGCUGAAUUUGGUUGAAAUGCUCUUAAACGAUGCGGACACUUGGCGCUCGCAUGUGAAUACCUCGAAUUUGGGCGUGUCUGCACAAAAUCUCGAGAAGCGCUGGAAAAAUGUGUGUCAGCAAUCCGCCGAACGCAAACAACGCAUACUCACCACAUGGAAUUUGUUACAGCAACUGAUCAAAUUCACCACAGAGUACAAGACUUGGCUGAGCAAGCAAGAGUCAGACAUUGCUGCCUUCGAACGUGACCUAUCGAGUUUAUCGAAGGACGAUGCAUCUGCGCGCCAAAAGGCCGUAGAAGCCAAAUUGCGCGAACUGGAGGCACAAGAGGCGCCGCUCAACCAACUGGCGCACACCUACGCCAAGCUGAUGAUGAGUGCUGGCAUAGAUCCUGAAAACAUACAAAAUCUCACCCUGCCAACGAAAGUAAUGUUGGCGAAGUGGCGUCAACUCGGUCCACGCUGUCAUGCUGUUAUUGAUGUUAUCGACAAGGAUGUAAAACUGCGACGCGAUUUCGAAAAGGCACAGCAGGACACACUACAGACGCUGACAGACCUACAAAGUGAGCUAGACAAAUUGCAGAAGCAACAGCCGAAAACACCGGCUGAAGCGCAAACUGCACUCAAACGUAUCGAAAGCCUGGAGGCCAAGCUGACAAAGGCCGGUGAAAAGGUUGAAUGCGCCGACCAACUGGCAGCGCAGACCAAAGCCAAGGCGAAACAGGACGAGCUCACGCGUAUUAUUACGCUUAUAACACAGUACACGACAAUUUGGCGUGAGUUGCAGACACGCAUUGUCACAAUCAAAACCGAGUGGACUACAAAGGCCGCUGCAAUGGCUACAGGCGUUGCUGGCGCUGCCGCGGAAGCAGUUAUUUCAGCAACACGCGUCUCAGAGGCCGAUGCAGGCGUACAGGUGGACACUUUGUCACAACGCAAACUACGCAAAGCGCAAAUGCAACGCGAAACUUCGAUCACGGCCAAGGACGCCUAUAUUAUGGAACUGGAGACAGCGAUCAAGGAGUGUCAAACGAAUCUCGAUGCGCUGCAGCGCACCAUUUGCGAUAAGACACGCAAACCAGGUCCACAAAAAAUGUCGAAACUUAUUGGCAACGCGCAAUCGUCAACUGAGUUGGUGAAGCACUUGAGCCAGCUAUUGUUGAGCGAAUGCCAAGCAGACGCCAAUGAGGCGCAAGUGGAAACGGUGGCGGAGUUGGCGUUACGUUUCGAAACAUUACUGUCACAGUGGAAGACGCGACAGCAGCAAGAUCAGAAAGCAAGAAGUGCGCUUCCAGCAGCAUAUAAAUUGACCUGUCCACACGAGGUCGGUCGUCUGACAUGCCCGCUUUGCACGCAACGCAACUGGCAACAGAUCGACAAUGAUCUAUGGCGUCUCGAACAGUGGUUACAAUUUGCCGAAGGCACACAAAAGGCACAAACCACACCGCCCUCGAACAUUGAACUGCUCGAGGAUGUCGUACAAGAUCAUCGUGAAUUCCUACUCGAUCUCGAAAGUCACAAAUCGAUUGUGAUGAGUUUGAAUGUUGUCGGCGAUCAUUUGGCUACACACACCUUGGACACAGAAAAGGCGCGUCAAUUACGCGAUCGUCUUGCAGCCGAUAAUGAACGCUGGAAUUCAGUUUGUAUAACAGCUACCAAAUGGCAGGGUCUCUUACAGACCGCUCUUAUGGGUAACAGCGAGUUCCAUCAGAUAAUCGAUGAGUUGUGCGCUUGGCUGCAACAAACCGAACAGAAUAUUAAAUCUUCGGAACCGGUCGAUUUGACUGAGGAACGUGGCGUUUUGGAGGCGAAAUUCUGCAAAUUCAAAGAGUUGCGCUCCGAGCUGGAACGCUGCGAGCCGCGUGUGAUGAGUUUACAAGAUGCGGCUGAUCAACUGUUAAAAACCGUAGACGAGGCGAAUGCUGAAUCAACGCACACCUAUGCAAGAACCCUUUCCAGAUUGACUGAUCUGCGGCUGCGUUUGCAAUCGUUGCGACGCCUCUCCGGCAUCUAUAUUGUUAAGUUGGGCGCUGUGCUGGGCUAUGAUGGCGACAAUAUGGGCGUGUCACUGCAUAUGCUGUCGAAUGAGCUUUUGGAUCAAACUACAUUACCCUCUACAUCUUCUUCUAUGCAGGCCGCCGCACCGUACACUGAUAAUGCAAACGGCACCACCGGCAUCGCUGCCGAUGCUGUCGAUGGCGAUGCCAUCAACACCACCGUACUUGCGCGCGGUGCGCGCUUCCUCGGACGGGUUGCACGUGCCUCGUUGCCCAUACAAGCGCUCAUGUUGCUAUUGUUGGGUGUUGCCACGCUUGUGCCCCACGGUGAAGACUAUACCUGCAUGUUCUCAAAUUCGUUUGCGCGUAGCUUAGAGCCGAUGUUGACAUACCCGAAUGGACCGCCACCAACAUAGUAGUGGGUGGUUGAAGGAAACGAUAACAAAUACAAAAACAAAAACAGUGGACAAUUAACUAAAAGUUAAAACGAACAAACACAGUAGUAUAUAAGAAAAAAGAAAAACGAAUAAGAAGAAAAAUUAAAUUUGUAUAUGAAAACGAGCUAUGUAUGUAAAAAGAAAUAUGUCUGUGCACUAGUAAGUAAUGGGUUUGCGGCAAACCAGUUGCAGUUGCAGAUAAAGUAAAAACAAAAAGCUAAGAAAAAAGUCACAGUAGUUGUACGCUUGCGUAAAAUUGUAAAGAGUUGAUGUUAGUGAUGAAAUUGUAUUAGAAACGAAAUAAGCGAAAAGUAUUGUAUAACCUGCAUACACACAUACACACACAUAUGCCUUGCUUGUAAUUGUACAAUAAUUUGAGAAGAAAUAUUCAUUUGUAUAGAACUUUCAAUUGUACUUAGUGCAUUUUGUAAAAUUGAUAGGCGCGUGUGCACUUGCCGGUGUUUCCUCAGUAGUUGUGUACAUUUGAUAGACAUUAGAUAGCGCUUUGGAAUAUUUGAAGAAACGAAAACAGAAACAAAAAAAAAAAACAAAUAUUAGGAAAAACAAUGUUUAUGAAACCACUAAACAAAUAACGGAAAAUCUUAAUAAUUAAAUUAAAAGAAGAGGGCAAAGUGAGUGCUCCAGUGAACUGCUCUGGAGGCGCUCAAAGCGAUGCUUGAAAAUCGGUUUACUCAUUCAAUACCCACACAUACAUAAAUGAACGAUAUGUAUGAGAGCGAAAGGAAAACGUAAAAAGUAUCAACGUACUUUAUGUGACAAUUUAGCGUGUAAGAACAAAAAAGCAAAAAACAAAAACAAAAAAAAAAAAAAACAAUUUACGAACGCACAUAUACCUAUACGAAAAAUUAUAGCAAAACAAAUAAAUUUUUGAUAUUUUCAGUACACGAACAAGAGAAUUAAUGAAAGUAGUUAUUACACAGCUGGCAACACAUUUUUGUGCUCUGCCAUUUGCUGAGCGAAUUUCGUGGAACAUUUUUGCUUGGCGCAUUGCAUAGCACAAAAAAGGGGAAGAAAAGCAGCAAAAUAUACCAACAAGCGGCAACAAAUACAUGUAGAAAACCGAAAUCCUUACGCAUGCAAGAACCAUCAAAAAAACAAAACUCUCCAAAAACCAAAAUUUUCGAAAAGCCACAGCCACAUAAAGAAAAUUGAACGAACGUUUUUUUUUUUAAACGUAAAUUUCAUGACCCAAUAAAUUGAAAAAUGCGAAAUGCUCAUAUUUUUACGUGACCUCAUCUCCCAAAUUUAGGGGUUGCGUUAAAAAUCAGUGCAUUUGCGCAUUUUACACAAAAACUGCCACUGUUGCGUUGCCAUUUUGAACAGACACACACGCACACAAAUCUCUCCAAUGUUGUUUGUUGUUUUUCAAAAUGACCUACCGCAACGUUGGCUCACCACGUACUGAGUAGCGAAAAAUUUCGCUAAUCCAAAACAUUCCCAAACAGGCAUUACCAUAGUUUUUUCUUCUUCAUUUUGGAACGAGAAGCUUAAUUUAUUUUCUCUAAGAAAAGUAGUAAUAGUUGCAAAAAACGUCUCGAUGUCGUCGCUGUUGGUAAUUUGACUUUGCUGUAUAUUUUCUUUUGUUGUUGUGCAGUUGUUGAUAACUCAUUCAAACGCAAAGUAGCAAGUGUCCUAAGCUGGUGCUAAACCAAAAUUCAUAAACAAAGUCCGUUUUGCAAACAAAGCAGCGGAAUUAUGCUGAAAAGCAACACGAACGAUAUGGAAUUCAUAUUUUGGUUUAAUUAAAUGCAAAAAAGUUAAAUGUGAAAUUAAAGAAAAAAUUAAAAAAAAAAAAAACAAUGGAGGAAAAAAGUUUUAAAAAUAUCGAAAAUCUGCACAUGCACUUUAGCGUAUGUGUAACAUUUUUGUUUUGCCAGAAUCCAUCCAAUUUAGGUUCUACUAUAAGCAAACCUUGUAUGUAUUCUAUUUUUUUUUUUUAUUUAUUAAAUGUUUGUUUUUUUCUUUUGAAUAAAUUUACGCUUCGUCUAUGCUUUUUCUAUGUGUACCUAAAACGCAAUAUGCAAAGUUAUCGUUAUAAACAACUACCUAUAACUACAAUUAAAUCAUUUCACUAUGAAUUUACAUGCACACAUAUAUAACGAUGUAAAAAAUUAUGAUAUUAUUGAUAAUUGUUUAAUUGCUUAUUGCUUUGUUACUUUCUUCAUAGAUUUAUACACUCACACAUGUAACAAAUGUUUGCCUUUAUUGUAAAAAAGAAAAUGAUUUUUUUAACGCUAAGUGAUCGAAAGUGACCACUACUAAAAAACAAAGAUAAAAACAAAAACGAAAAAACUACAAAAUACACAAACUGAAAAAUACUAAAAAACAAAAACG